UGCCAUUUUAGAAAAAACACCUCACGAAUGGUGUUCUGAUUAUCAGUUAUUUAUGUUGGUUAAAUGUAUAGAAGAAGUUGUAAAAUUUGAUACAUAUUGCAGUUGAUUACUUUGUCUUCACAUCUACAAGGAUAGAUAAUGUCCGGCUUCGACAGUAACCCGUUUGCAGAUCCAGGGGACGUGAACCCCUUUGCGGAUCCGUCUGUGCAACAAGCCACUGGGCCUGGAACUGGUGCGCAAAAAUCUGGAGCUCUGGAUGACUACAAUCCAUUUGACCAGGGCAAUCAAACCAGACCUGCUGGUGGGUCUGGUAUUCCACCACCACGGGCAGCACAACCAGUAUCUCAACCUGCUAUCAUGACCCCAUCUGAAGACCCACCACCACCUUAUACUCAAUCAUCGGCACAAAAAAUUGAUACAAGUGAACUUCAAAGACGACAGGAGGAACUUGAAAAGAAAGCUGCAGAACUACAAAGAAAAGAACAAGAAAUGAAGAAUAUGCAAGGACAAAGUAGAGAAAACAACUGGCCUCCUGUACCUAAAUGGUUUCCCAUGGGGCCAUGUUUUUAUCAAGAUUUUAGUGUAGAUAUUCCGUUAGAUUUCCAACGUGUUGUUAAAUUUGUCUACUAUUUAUGGAUGUUUCAUGCUGUUGUACUGUUUUUAAAUGUUCUUGCUGCCCUGGCGUUUUUUAUUGUUGAUGGUUCCGGAGGGACAACAUUUGGAUUAUCGAUACUAUGGUUUAUUCUCUUUAUACCCUGCUCAUUUGUUUGUUGGUAUAGACCCUUGUAUAAAGCAUUCAGGAGUGACAGCUCGUUCAACUUCUUUGUGUUCUUUUUUAUAUUUUUUUUCCAAUUUUGUGUGUAUAUUAUCCAAUGCCUGGGAAUAACUAAUUUCACAGUUGGAAUAAUUAGUGGACUUGGCGUAACUAAAUCAAAUGUUGCAGCAGGACUUAUUAUGAUAUUCGUGGGUCUUUUCUUCGGCAUUCUGGCUGUCAUAAGCUUUGCCACAUUAGUGAAGGUUCAUCGAAUCUACAGAAGUACAGGAGCAAGUUUCCAGAAAGCGCAAGCAGAAUUUGCGACUGGGGUGAUGAGAAACGAGGGAGUUCAAAAUGCCACAGCUAACGUAGCGGCCGGUGCUGCUCGAGGAAUGGUCCAACAACAGUAUGGUUCGGGGGGAAACCGUUAUUAAUGGAGUAUCAAUAAAUUAACGGGAAGAGUAGACUUGAUUAUUAAAACUAGAAUUAAUCACCAAAAGAUAAAAGCUAGAGAGAGGAAAUAUCACCGAUUAUUUAUUUGUUAAAUACGUUUUUUUUUAUUAUUAUUGUAAUUUCAUUAUGAAACCUUAACAACCAUGUGAAAUCGGGCUUAGCACCAUGGGGGUCCUGAAGUCGUGUGAACAAAUGUAUGAAAAACCAUGUAUUUAUCUUCCUCAUGAUUUGCUGUCUCAAAAAGGCGGAAGAUAUGCAAAUUAUUAUACGAUCAUAGAACAGAGCAGGCCUUAUGAAUAGAUGGAAUAUAUAGGAAUCUGUAAGCAAAUCAUCUAAUAUGGUCUGAACUUCGCAACAUCUUGAAACAUCUCGGAUUUAAAGAAAACAACAGCCCCUUUUUUUCACGUUUCUUCGUUAUCUACAUUCGUGCAGAUAUGAAAGGAUCGUGAUAUUUUGUUAUUUCUACUACAGUAUAUAUGUUAGUUAUAUCUUCAACAUACAUUAAAUUAAGUAUACAUGUUUCCGCUCAAUAAAUAUUCCAUGCCAUUUUGAAUAGAUUAGCUGUAAGUGUUAUUAGCGUGUAGAAAUUAGGUGUAAAGAGGGAAUUAAUACUGUUGAUCUUCACAAUAUUUAAAAGGCUUUUAGAGUGGCAAUAUUGAAAAAAAUAUUUUAGUAACAUUUCUUUGGACGGAGAAGUAAUAAAAUCAUUUAUUUUGAUGUUUAAACUUUUAUAUAUUUUAUCAUCUAAAUGUUGAAAUAAAAUAUAGAGAAAUAUGGAUAUCCGUAUUGAUUGUGGUUUCAUAAGAAUAUAUAUAUAUAUUGUCUAAUUAUAAAUCUCCAUCAUCGUAUAUUAACAUAAAGACAAUCAAUCGGAUUAAAAUACAGAUCUAUAUUUCGUUUCGUUUUUUUUUACACUUUCAAUGGCCUACACUAUAUGAAGAUAUGACCAGAUGUAGCCAUAAGUCGCGUCAGAGGUCAUACGAGCAGCUUUUGCCCUAUGACGUCAGACAUUUGAUUAACCAAUCAUCAUUGAUGUUACUAGUGGAUUACACACAGUUCCUUGCAAAACAUGCCUAAAGCUUGCCGUAACAAAACCGUUUCAUUGGCAAAUCCGUCACACCAUUCAGAACACGUCAAUGAUAACAUCUCUUCCAGAUCCAAGUGUAGUAAAGACAAGUAAAACGAAAUUUUGAACUUUAAAAAACGAAACGAAAUAGGAUUUGUCUUUUAAUCAGGUUGAUAAGACAAUUUAAUCUUGUACAAUCAUUGAGAAAAAGACUAAUUGACUUGACUUUAUUAAUUAAUAUACCGAGACACAAUGAAAGUACAUCACUUUUAUAAAUGGAUGAUUGUAAAUUUGGUUUGAGAUACACUUUAAUGUGAGAUCUUGAGGUCAGGGCAAUAACACAUGAUAUACCAUAGAUCAAUUCUCUCAAACACAAAAAAAUUGAAUUUUAUGCGGCAUUUCUGUGAAAGACGCAUGAGUACCAGACAGAGGCAGGAACAGCGACUCGGACACAAGUCCGACUUAAGUUGCAUCAAUGACCUGGCUCAAGACUUGACUUGAAAUAUUUACUUGAUAGUUGACUCGGAAUCGGCAGUCGUGACGACUUGCGACUUGAAAGAGCUUAGGUCUCGAGUCGUUAUGGCAUAACUCUAACUCAACUUAUUCACCAUGAAUGGCUGACUCAUUUGAUGAACUGGCGACUUGAACAUGACUCCAGCUUUCUGAAGACUUGGGACUCGACUCUGUACUAAAGUCAGUUAUUUGGGACUCGACUUGGUCUCGAGGUUUGGCGACUUGGGACUCGAGGUGCGCUGACUUGUGACUCAACUCCGGGUCCCGCGACUUGUUCCAACCUCUCAUACUCGAGGUGCUGCGACUUGUGACUUGAUAUCCCACGACUUGUUCCUACCUCUGGCACUCGAGGCAUUGCUGAAAGGUUAAAUGCUGUUACGUUACCAUAAUGACUCUGACCGCUGGCUGAUCGAUACCAGCAGACAGGUUUCACUGGACGUCAAUAUCUCGACAAGACUGUCACAUAACACCAGUAUACAAUCAAAUCAGUGGUGUAUUAUCAUUGUGUCUUGGUGUGUAUUGUGUUAGAAAUAAUGACAACCCAUUUUUGUUAUUAAGUGAGUAUAUUAUAUUUAUUAUUACAUUAUUAAAGGCCCAUAAUGAAAGUUCAAAUAAUGUUUCGUUAAUGACCAGUCUUGGUCUCCGUUUAGUACCUAAUUUAUAUCGCGGAUGUAGGUAAUAAUGGAUCUGAUUAUGUUUAACAUCUCCACCAUGUAUCAUAAGGUCUGUCAUUGAGUCAAGUGGUGUGGUUUCAAUUGGAUGGCGGAAUGGUUAGUGUGUGCGCGCUGUAUCAUAAGGUCUGUCAUUGAGUCAAGUGGCAUGGUUUUGAUUGCCGGCUUGUACGUGACAAGGAGUAGGGUCGCCUGUCCAUCCUCGUGGGUUCUCUCCGGGUCCUCUGUUUUCCUCCCACUGCUAAAGACCCCUACGUGUUAGCGAAUUAUUGAAAUAAAAUUAAACCAUAUGUUAGUGGGAUUGCCAAAUGGUUGGCACGCUGUAUCAUAAGAUCUGUCAUUAAGUCAAGUGGCGUGGUUUCGAUUACCCGCUUGAACAUGACAAGGAAUAGGGUCGCCUGUCCAUCUUUUUGGGCUUUCUCCGGGGCCUCCGGUUUCCGCCCACUGCGAAUUAUUGAAAUAAAAUUGAACCGUAUGUUAGUCCUGAAAUGAUCUAAUUUCUAAAUUGUGAGAUUUUAUUAGCCAAGUCAUUAGGAUCCUACCGGAGUUGAAACUUAAUGUGGGCAAUUAAGCAGUUACAUUUGACCAUUUAUUUACGCAAUGAAAGCCUAUAGUUCUAGUAUGAUUGUUCAUUGAAUGUAUGGCUAAAUAAGGGUAUAAAUUAGUGCUUGUAAUUUAUAAUGGCAGACAAAAUCCAUGUAAUGCGCUGUAAAUAUAUUCAUAUGCACGGAGAGGCUUAAACCUUAGUGCAUUUCUUAACACCCUUGUUAGCUUUAAUUGUCAUAAAAUUUAAAUGGCUUGAAUUAAUAUAUGGGAUGCUUUUUCAUUUGGAAUUGAUGAAUCUAAUAACAUAAAAUUUUAAUUGUAAUUAUUCUGUGUAUAAUUAUUUUCGUUGACAUUUAAUAAAUUUGUAAAAUAUUGACUUUGAAACUUAAAUGAGUAAAAGAGCAAAACCUCUUUAAUUUAUUAUGUAUUAUUAUUCGUAACUGAUAGAUUUGCUUAAAUAUCCAAGUUGUCUUCUGGACUGGUGAGAAGAAAGCCAUUUCCUGUUUUCUUGAAUUUAACGGAAAUCGGUGUUUAUUAUUAGAUCGUCGCGAGAAAAAAUAAUCGGUUGUAUCGAGGCAUUGGCUGAAUCGAUUGAUAUCCCUGUUACUACCAGUACGAACGAAUACACUAAAGACAAAAUUAAAUUGAAAAUUGAUCUUUUUUUUUUAAACCAUAAUCAAGGGGUUUUGCCCUUUUAAAAUAUGUAUUUGAAUAUAUGAGGAUAGGAAGAGUUAAUUGUACGUAUGUAUACUGUUAUCAUUCCAUUAUCUAGACAUUUAUUUUUCUAAUUUUGGUUUCGAGAGAUUAGAAUAGGAGAUCGGGUUAUGAAAUAGUUAGUGAUGAGGUUAAUACAUGUUUUAUCGGACUAUAUUAAAAUGGUGGGCGAUAUUUUCAAAUUGGUAGUAAUGAAUUCAAUCAAGUCAGUGCACAGACUAGAAAUGAAAUGGGGUUUAAUGUCCAAUUUUUCUGCUCGGAAUCGGCAAAACCAAAAUUUUAUUACUCGAAAAAAUUCACAACAUUUGACCAGAUGGUAUCUGCUCCCUUUCUUUUAAUUCCCAGGAAACUUGCCUACAUUCUUUUGACCAGACAGUUACUAAAGACAUCUGUUCUAUCAGAAAUUCAAAUUGCAUGAUUAAUUUAUACUGAAAUACAUGUUCGGUGGAGUUGUUUUAAAGGCAAUAUCCUGAAAUUUUGUCAUACAUGGAUACUUAUUAAUUUGGUUGAAUAGUGUAUUACACUUACAGUAGUAUAUAUGAACUUCAUUGAACACAGUUUUUUUCUGAUUCAACCAAGUUGAAAUUGACUAUAACUUUUAUUAGUGACUGUUUACACAUCUUCUUAGACAUACUUAACUAUUCAGUGUUGUAUUUCAAAGUAAAUAUUUCUAACACAUUUUUUCUGCACUAUUAUAAAAUUUUCUGUUUUUGUUUUUAACUGGAGUAUUUACUUAAAAGAGAAAUCAUACAAACUGCCUGACACGUGUCAAUUUUCAAUCAUUCGUACAUUAUGUUAUGUUAGUUAGUAUUCCAUGAAGUAUAAAUAUUGAGGAUCGAUCUGUCAGUUUCAAUCAAUCGUACAGUAUGUUAGUUACUAUUCCAUGAAGUAUAAAUAUUGAGGAUCGAUCUGUCAGUUUCAAUCAAUCGUACAGUAUGUUAGUAUUCCAUGAAGUAUAAAUAUUGAGGAUUGACAGAUUGGAUGCUGUGUAUUUUAUUAAUAUUAUUAUUAUAAUUUUUUUUGUUAGCUUGUUACAGAAUGUAUGUUUCACCAUUAUUCUUGAUAUAAGAUGCGUGGGUGUGUAAUGUAUGUAAAUAUUAACAUAUAUAUGUCAAUAUUAAAUAUGUAUAAACUAGA